AUGGACAACUUUAAUGUUGCAAUUUCCACAUCUAUUGCGAUGCCAUUUGCUAUUGGAUACUACAUAGGCUUCCAAGAAUGAAACAGAAUUUUCCCAGUGAUUAUUGCUUCGGCUCUUUCCUUUAUCAUCGGGUACAAAUUAAUCCCAGUUAUCAAAGAAUCCACUCUCGCUGCAGGACUCGGAGGACGAGAUUUAAAUAAAGUCAGCAACAAAAAGAUGUAAAUUUUAUUCAGUCCUGAAUCCCUAGGAAUAGUUCCAGCGACCCUUUAUUUAGUCACCAUGAUUUUAGCUCAGGUUCUGUUUGCAAGAGACCAUGAUGCGCAAUUCCAAUAUAAUUCUGCAACUUUAUCUGUAUGCUUUAUGAUUUUGCUUGGAUUUUGUGAUGACGUGCUGAAUUUGAGAUGAAGAUAUAAGUUAUUGCUCCCUACAAUUGCUUCAUUGCCUUUGCUUGUGGCUUACUCAGGUACGACUGCAAUAGUUGUCCCGAGGAUGCUGAGAGACCUGCUUGGGUAUUCUAUUGAGCUUGGCUGCUUAUAUAGUUUAUAUAUGAUUUUGCUUGCAGUAUUUUGUACUAAUGCUAUCAAUAUAUAUGCUGGAAUAAAUGGCUUAGAAGCAGGCCAAAGCUUAGUUAUUGGCUGUGCUGCUUUAACUCAUAACUUUAUUGUAUAUUCUAUUUAGGAAAUCACGUUACAUAUAAAUGACCAAAUUUACACACAACAUCUAUUAUCUGCUUCAUUGCUGAUACCAUUUAUAUUCAAUACUCUAGCACUUCUAAAAUACAAUAAGUACCCUUCAAAGGUUUUUGUAGGUGACACUUUUUGCUACUUCGCAGGCAUGACACUAGCAAUGGCUGGGAUACUGGGUCAUUACUCAAAAACGCUGCUUUUAUUCUUUAUCCCUCAGAUUCUCAAUUUUAUUUUUUCAAUCCCUCAGCUUAUUGGAAUUGUUCCAUGCCCUCGGCAUCGUCUUCCUAAAUACGACCCAAGAACUGAUACAUUGGAAUGUGUGGUCAAGCACAGGUAGCAACCCUACACCCCCACCCCCAUAAAAGUGGUACCCCCACCCCCCUAAAAAAUGGUACCCCCCCACCCCCCUAAAAAUGGCAACCCCACCCCCCCUUUCACAGAUGGCACCCCCACCCCACCCCCCUUAAUAUAGCAUAAAAUAUAUGACAAAUGCUAAUUUAGAGCAGACGUAAUAAAUAAAUUAUUAUUUUAAAUAUUCAAAAUUACUGAUUUAUACAAUAUCCACAUAGCGUAGUACAGUCGAUUAAGGAGUAGGUGGAAUGGGGUGAGAAUUUCCUAUAACUAGUAAGCACACCAAAUCUGAAGAAAUUUAACAAGCAUAAUAAUGAUCUUUGGUAUUAAUUAGCAGUAUAUACUGCGUAUAUUUACUUUGUGGAACAAUAGCUAAAGAGGCGAAUUAGAGAUCCCAAAAUUAAAACUGGCAAUAGCAAAUACUAUUUUUAUUACCACUAUUGAAUCCUGUUACCAAUUCAGUCCUGCAAUCCUUGUACAAUGGUCAUCAGAUUAGCUUUAAUUUAUGAAUCAAUAUAUAUAAUGCAAGUUAUUGUAUUGUGCUUGGCUCAUUUAAUAAUUAAUGCCAUUAUCUAUAUCUUUGGCAUUAUAUUUAUAAAUAUAAGAAGCAAAUUUAAUAUAUUUUCUAAUUAAUUGUUAAUUAAUUUAAAUUUAUUAAUUAAUCAUAAAUAUAAAGUAAUUUGUGGACAUAAUUUAUAAUAUAGUGUUUUAAUUGGUUUAUAUUUAAAAUAUUCUACUUGUUUCCUGUCAAUUACUUCUAUAGGAUAAACCCGAGAUGGGGGGGUGGGGGUGCAAUCUGUGAAAGGGGGGUGGGGGUACCAUUUUUAGGGGGGGUGGGGGGUGUCUGGUUGCUACCUAUGCUUGACCAAAUGUGUCCCUACCCAUUUCACACUUAUCAAUUUUGUCCUAUGGGUAACUGGGCCUCAGCAUGAAAAGAAUCUUUCGACAGCCUUAAUCUGUUUCCAAAUCAUGUGUUGCGCAUUAGGAUUCUAUAUCAGAUAUGAGAUUUCUCAAAUAUUUUACUAUUAA